AUGUGCAAUGCAGAAGAAGAGACUCUUAUACAUGUUCUAUGGGAGUGUCCUGCAGCAAAUGAUUUAUGGGGUGAUGAUGCAAGCUAUGUCAAGAAAUGGACUAGAUCAGAGGUGGAUUUCCUGGAACUUUGGGAGCAACUUAGAUGCAGACUCAACAAGAACCAGCUAGAAGAGGUGGCAGUGAUGCUAAGGAAGGUAUGGCUCAAGAGGAAUGAAUGGAUUUUUGAAAAGAGAUGGGAUUGCCCCAGGAAUUCAUUUAUUGCCACAAGAGUAGCCUUACAAGAAUUUCAGGAGGUACAAGCUCAAGCUCAUCAAAGCUGGCAGAAGAAGGCACAACAGUUAUUGGAGACUUGGGAGAAACCAGAAAGGGGAUUUGUUAAGGUUAAUUGGAACGCCUCUUUGGAUGUAAAAAGAAAGAGAAUGGAGAUUGGUAUCAUUAUAAGAGAUGAAGAAGGAGAGGCUUUGGUGGCUGAGUGUGAUAUCAAGAAUAAUGUGGUAAAUGCAGCUGUUGCAGAAAGUUUGGCCUUGAGGAAAGCGGCUGAUUUGUGCUCAGAUCUCAAUAUUCAAAAAGCUAUUUUUGAGGGCGAUGCAAAGGAAAUAGUCGAGGCUGUACUGAGUGAGGAAGAAGCUGUUUUUGACUUUAGUUCUAUUAUUGAUGAUGUUAAGUUUCACUUCAGAAAAUAUGACACAUUGGUUUAUUCAAUUUGCUAG